AAUCGGUAUCCCCCCCUUCUCCACAGAUACCACUCUGCAGUUUCCCAGGUUGAAGCUGACAGCCUGAUAUACUGCGAUUUGGCUGCAAGAUGCUUUUGCCAGGCGUGGGAGGUGUGUCGUUCUUUUCAGAGUGCAAUGAGAAAAGAAGUCCCAUAUACCAACACAAAGCCACCUUUGUUUGUUUGUUUAUUUAACACGUGUGUUGCCCUUUCCUUCACAGACUCAGGGUGGCUUCCAACAUAUAAUAAACAAUAAAAUAAUAAAUUAUAUUACAGUUAAAAUCUCAGAUUUGUCAAGGUUCACGUUGACUCCCCCUGGCUGGCAGUGGGUUUCCAGCAGUUUCCCCGUCGCCUACUGACUGGCCCUCUGAACUGUUGCGAAUUGUAUCCAGGGCCUUCUGUGUGCAAUGUGUGUUUCAGCCACUGAGCCACAGCCCCAUCCCAGAGUGGAAGGAUCAACUGGGAGGCCUUUUAUUUCUGGAUAACCCUUUAGAUGCAGUAGGGAGGCAAUUUUUGGAAAAAAAGUCCCCUGCUGAUUUUUCCUGAUUGUGGACUUAUACAAAGCAAAAAUAAUCCUAUGAGUUACUAGCCAACUGGAUACAUGUUUUACAGCCUGCUUGCCCAUGGAAGUGCAUGGCUGUAUUAAAAGAGGAAGACUUUCCAGUUUGCAGGGGUAUUCCAGUCUGUAGUGCAGUUGUUAAGGAAAAUUAGUACAUUGUGUUUGGGCCUGCAGUGGGGUUAUAAGAGAAGGCUCUUUUGCUCACUGUCCCCAUUGGCUUCAUUUCUGUAGAAAUAAUGGCUGAACCUGCUACGGUAAACAAGUCGCCGUUGGCUGAACAUCUUACAAAGGUGCCAAUCCAUGAUGGACUAAGUGAUCUACCAACCCGGGAGCAGCUGCCAACUUGUAAGCUAGAACCUGUCCGCAUAGAGGAAGAGGAGAGCCCAGCAACAGUGUUGCCAGUCUGCCCAAACACACACAAGGGCAAAGAAUCCUCCAGCAGCAGCAGCACUAUCUACAGCUUGGGUGCAAACCAGUGCUUUCACUGCCUGAUCACAUUUCCGGAUGAGAAAUUCAAGGAACGGCACAUGAAGCGGGAACACCCGGAGGAUUUUGUCCAAGCCAACUUGCGUGAUGCCCUUUUUGUCUGCUUUAUCUGCAACAAGGGCUUUGAGAGCUCACGUACGCUCAUCUGUCACCAGCGUGGCCACGCCCCCACUCUUCCCUCUGACUGCACGGACUGCGUACGCCCUACAUUUGACUGUAUUGACUGCGGCCGCCGCUUUGGCCAGUUGGCCAACUACCAGCGUCACCGCCUGGGCCAUGCGGCUGGCCACAGCCUGCCCCACCAGUGCCCAGACUGUGGCAAGAGCUUCCGUCAACUGUCGAACUUGCGUCGGCACCAAGCCUUCCAUCAGCAGACACAGGAGCUGCUCCCCUCCCGUCCCUUUUCCUGCAUGGAGUGCGGGGAGAGUUUUAAUCAAGAGGCUGGGCUUCAUGAACACUACAUCCGCCAUGCCCGGGGAGAGCUCUAGCGAGAGGUGUGGCUAUGUGCCUCAGUUUCCUGAGUGUGGAUGGAGGCAUGAAGACCAUGUGCACUACUGCGUGAGGAGCAAAACUGGAGGGCUCAGAAAGAAGUCAGAAAGGGGUCUUUCCCAACAGGAAGGGGAAGGCACCCCAAAUUCCAGGAAAUGCUCGAACUGGUUGUGCCUCAGUGAUGAAGAAUGGCUGGUUCAGGAGGACACGUCAAAGAAGCAUUUUCCACAGUAGGAAAUGCUGCCUCUGUAGUCUGAGCACAGAUUGGAGAACAGGUGAUGGAAAGGGUGUGAGCUGUCUUUCCUUUCUUUUAGGAGGAACAGACUGCAUUCCAUCCAUCUGAAGUUGUUUGGCCAAGAGGCUAAGAAGCCCUUUGAGUAGCUCUCGUCUGGUACAUUGCAUUUCCGAUGGUCAUCUGCUGGGAAUGCCACAGGCUGCUUGGGGGUCUGGUUUGUAGAGCAUUUCCCUUUCCAUCCAGGUGGAGAAAGAAAAGUCUCAGCAUGCAGGUACAGAGGAAAGCAAGGACUGCGUGUCCUUCCUGUGUCCUGGUUGUCCCAGGCUCACGUGGCAUUUGAUAUAGGGAAUUCAGUUCUAUUGAGAGUGUUUAUGGCGGUAGAGGAAAAAACAUGAAACCAUGGCAGUGGUAGGGCUAGUGAUAUUGCAGGAAUCACAGACCAAGUAGAAUUUCUAGGUCGGGGUUUAUAUUUCUCUGUAUUGCUCCCUGCCCCUCCCUAAGACUGUCUGAAAUGGCAUAAGUUUUGUGGGGAAGUAAAAUGUCCUCGCUUUGCUUGGAUGCAAUGUCCUGGUUGUAGAUUCCUGAGCCUUACAGGAUUUAGGACAUUAAGAGUCCUGAUUAUCAUUUUCUGAAGCAGGGUCCCUAUAUACACAGUCUUCUAUCAAGGCCUGGGGUUUCGAACCAGUGCCUUCAAAUUCUGGGUAUCACUGAUACUGACUCUCGUGCUUUAUGUGAGACCGUGUGGCAAGUGUGACCUUUCUUCCAAUAUAAAUUCCUUUUUACAGGGUUAGGAAUCUCUUGUGUUCCUGAUGCUCGAUCACAUCUAGCAUCUUAUCCAGAAUGUUUGCUGAUAAUGUGUGUCUCAUCUUUGAUACAGAUUGCUCUCCUUCCUGGUACAGUAUGUGAGCCACCCUGUUUCAUCUGGCACAAACAGCAAACAUCCAUUUUUGUUCCUAGAAUCUUAAGACAAAGAAUGAUCCAUAUAUUCACUAAUAGCUUCUAAAAUGACCUUAAUACUGAGUCAGUCUGCCUUAUGAUUCCCUCCCCCCCCCUAAUCCUCCCCCUCCCAAUAUCAUAUGCUGGGUGACAGAGACGCACUGUAAUUUUUAAAAUACAUCUUCUCCAUUUCUCGUCCUCAUGGAUGCAGAAAUUGGUUUGAAAAUGGCUAUAGCACUUCUAAUAGGCGAGGCAAAUUCUGUUCAGUAUUGCCUCAUAUCCCGUAUCAGUGGAGGGUUAGCACUUUCAAGAUGAUUGUUCCACAGGUUGAGUAUGAGGGUCAGGUGUCCUCCGGCAUCCAUCUUUGUAGAAUUGGUGUAUGAAUCACCCUGGUGCUGUGUCAUGCAGAUUUAUCGCCUCCCCUGUAGCAUGUGAACUGUUUGCUGAACCGGCAGCGUACUCCACAACGUGUCCGAGUUUCUUUUUGCACUCAGACACCCCAUAAUGUUGAGUUUGCUGUUGCUUCAUUGGGCGAGUGUCUGCAAGGAUCUCUGGGAAUUGUAGUUUUUGUGGGGAGGGAGGUUCUCCAGCACUAUGCCCAGUCUGCAUUCUUCAAAAUUUGUUGGGCUGAACAAAGAGGACAAAGCUGGCUCUGAGACUCUGGGGGUGUUUUAUGUAUCCGCAAACAGAGCAUGGGAAAGAAAAUAGCGGUUGAGACAUUAAUUCUGUAAAUAAAAAUUUAUUUUUUCUGCCUUUGUGUGAACGUAUACAUGGCCUGUUUUGUGGCCGCCCCACGAGGCAGUGAAUUAAUGCUCCACAUCACCCACUGACCUUAAUUGGCUGUGUAAGAAUUUGAACCCAUGUUCUUGCAGCUGAAUGCCUGGGUCUGCUGCCCCAUUUAACACAAUACUGUCUAUACCAGUUCUCACGAAGAGACCUUUUCUAGCUCUGAAAUCCUCUUGAAUGGGACAUGCCAGAGAUUGGAACAGAGGGCCUCUGCAUGUGAACCGCAAUGCCAGGGGUUCCCCAACGUGGUGCCCAUGAGCCCCUAUGGUACCUGCCAAUACUUUUCCUUGUGCCUGCCAAGCAGAGGUGUAUCUAGGGCAGUGAUGGCGAACCUUUUUGAGACCGAGUGCCCAAAUUGCAACCCAAACUGCACUUAUUUAUCGCA